CGGUUAUGGAAGAAGUGAAUUAUAUAAUCCAUAUGGAAUAUUUGUUAGUUCUAAUCAAACAAUGUUUAUAUUGGAUACAACAAAUUAUAGAGUUUUAAAAUGGCAAUUAGGAGAACCGAUUGGUUAUGUUGUUGCUGGUGGAAAUGGUAAUGGUGGAGCAUUUACUCAAAUUGGUGCAAGCUAUUCAUUCUUUGUUGAUGAUCAAUAUAAUGUUUAUGUAUCAGAAAAUGGAAAUCAUCGUGUUACUGUAUGGUUUAGUCGAAAUAUAACUGCUGGAGCUUUGGUAAUAUUUUGUUUUCUUGAAACAUUUUUGUUUUUUUGAUGAUUUUAAUUUAAAUAAAAGGUUGCUGGUGG